AUGAUUGACCAAACGAAUGAAAAGUUACCGCAACUAUCAGAUUCUUUUUAUGAUGAUGACGAUAGUACAAUAUCGCCAACAUCAGUGAUCUCGGAAACUCGAAUAGUAGCUACGAAACCACCAGUCUAUCGUCAACGUACACAAAAUUCAACCGUGUCAUCAUCAUCAUCAGAUACUUCUGAACAUGAUAUUACGGAUGUAUCGUCAAUAAACGAGCAACAACGACAUCCAUUUCAUCUUGAAUCAAUGAAAACUGUUCUGCUCGGUUUAUCAGCACCUUCAAGUGGUCAACCUUCACCCGCAUACAAUGAUCGACAACAAUUAACUAGAAACGAUACUAUUGAUGAUUAUUAUCAAAAGUCACGUAUGCAAAAUCAUGUAAAAGAUAAUCCUAGAUUUCGUUUAACUUCAUCCGCAAUCAAUCGUCAACAGCAACAGCAAAGAAUUGAACGUGAAAAUUUAAAAAUUUUACAACGUCUUCAAAAUGUUCGCCCGACUCGUGGUUUAAAACGAGAGGAACUACUAUCUAAUUAUGACCGUAUAAUGGGCCUUGAUACAUAUUCGAGUGAACCACGCUCUCGGCCAACUUCAAGUACAGCUAAUAUAUCAUCGACUUUCUCGGCAUCUGAAAGAUCCCAUCGUUCUCUUGGUCGAUCACCUUCAGCUACGCAUUCAUUAACGAAUAGCAACAGUAUACGUUCUCGUCCGGUGUCAGCUAGUAAUCGUUCAUCAUUAGGACGAAAACCUGUAUGGAACGAUGGUUUCCAACAGCAAGAAUGA